AUGAGUUUAUGUAUGUUCGGGUACACACUGGCGCUAGCAACCUGCUGGCUGGGUGUUCAAGCGUUUGUUAGAGUUGAUCUUAGCGGAGAUGACUGGGUUGUAUCAGAAAAGACGAAAGGCAUCAGAGUACCUGGCAAGGUUCCUGGGUCCAUGUACACAGCCCUUCAAGAUGGCGGCAUCAUCCAGGACCCUCUGUACAGAGACAACGAUGUGACCUAUUCCUGGGUGGGUCGGGGUGACUGGACCUACUCGAGAAAUUUUUCAGUUACCAGUGAUGUGGUCAAGGCAGGUCAGGUGUGGCUCAUCUGCGAGGGACUGGACACGAUAGCCACUGUGAUUGUUAACGGACAGGAAGUUGGACAGUCAGAGAACAUGUUUGUAUGGUCAGCAUUCAACCUUAGUGGCAUUCUGCAGGUGGGUAAUAACUCCAUUGAGGUUAACUUCAAGUCUGCUGUGAAAGAAGCUGCGGCAAGGACAAACAAGUCGGACUACGAUAUUCCCCCGGCGUGUCCUCAAGCGGCGCAGCAUGGCGAGUGUCACGUGAACCAGAUUAGAAAAGAACAGUGCUCGUUCAGCUGGGACUGGGGCCCCUCGUUUCCCACACAGGGGAUCUGGAAGCCAAUCUACAUUGACGCUUAUGGUAGAGCAGUUAUCAGAGAGGCUGCAGCUCUGGUUAAGAGGGUAAACACACAGUGGCAGGUGGACAUUGAAGUUUACCUGGAUGUCGACAAUGAGGCUGAGGUCAAGGGUCGGCUAGAUGCUGCAAUCAGGGAUUUCAACCUAAGCUUUAGCCAGGAUUUAUCGUUUUCCAAAACCAAAAACAGCUUCAAGAUUAAUCUAAUCGUCCCAGAAGACAGGGAAGUGCCUUUGUGGUGGCCAAACGGGUACGGCAAUCAGUCAUUGUUUGACCUGGAAGUGUUGUUCACCUCUGGAGGAGACACGUCGUCGAAAACGUUAAGGAUUGGUUUCCGCACGGUUGAGCUGGUGCAGGUUCCAGUCUCAAAUAGGACUGAACACGGUUUGAGUUUUUACUACAAGAUCAACGGAAUUCCCGUUUUUCUAAAGGGAAGUAAUUGGAUUCCUGCAGACAGCUUCCAGGAGAGGAUAACUAUAGACACGUUAAGAUUUUUGUUAGGGUCAGCAGCGAACGUGAGCAUCAACUCACUGCGUGUAUGGGGAGGAGGGGUGUACGAAUCUGAAGAGUUCUACAACUUGUGUGAUGAGCUUGGCAUCAUGAUCUGGCAGGACCUCAUGUUCAGUGUGGCCCUCUACCCAACGUAUCCCGAAUUUCUGAGCUCUGUGGCUACCGAAGUAUCACAACAAGUUCGCCGCCUCAAGUCGCAUGCCUCGAUCAUCGUUUGGGCGGGAAACAACGAGAACGAAAGCGCCUUGAAGCAGAAUUGGUUUAGGAUUACAUCCAAUUACAGCCGCUACUACGAUGACUACGUGAAAUUGUAUGUGACCACAAUCAAACCUAUUGUGGAGCAGGAGGACUCAACAAGAGAGUACCUAACGUCAAGCCCUUCGAAUGGAAAAGAAACGGAGAAAGAAGGCUAUAUUGCACAAGAUUCAUCAAGCCAGCUGUAUGGAGACGUUCACUUUUACGACUACUCGGUCGAUCAGUGGAAUGCACAGUCUUUCCGGAUCCCAAGAAUGGCCACCGAGUAUGGAGUUCAGGCUUGGUGUAAUAACGAAAGUCUCUCUCGUGUUCUGGAACCUUCUGACCUCAGCAUGGAGUCCGAAAUGGUCAACCACAGGCAGCACCACCCGAAUGGUAAUCAGGAAAUGGCUGACGAAGUGAAAGUACAUCUGAAUUUACCUGGCUCUUCGGAUGAGAAAUCGAACUUUGUAGACUUUAUUUAUCUUACACAGAUCAAUCAAGCCAUGUGCAUUAGGACCCAGUCCGAACACUACAGACGCUACCAGUCCCAGCUACUGCCUGAUGGCCGAGGUUUGACGAUGGGAGCUCUUUACUGGCAACUGAACGAUAUCUGGCAAGCUCCUACAUGGGCUUCAAUAGAUUAUGAAGGAUCUUGGAAGAUGCUACAUUACUACGCCAGGUCCUUCUUCAACAGAACGCUGAUCUCGCCAUAUCGGUUGAAGGAUGGCUCGGUGGAUGUGUUUCUGGUCCUGGACCAGCUUCCAGUCGUGGAGGUUAGAGGUUCUGAUGGGACGCUUUCCUUUAGGUUGGCCAAUAACAUCAGUGAGCUGGUUAAGCUCGGGCUGUCUGCCUCAGAAGCCUCCGAGAAGUUACAGGCUGUGAAAGAAGCCAGUAGCGGCAGUCUCCGGGUUCAGAUCUAUGACUACAUCAGCUUUAACCCAUUACACACGUGGACAGUUAAAUACAAUCUGAAAACUGCGGCCGAGUCUGUGUUUACCAAGUCGGUCAGUGACCUGCUGGCCGAAUCCGGUUGUCCUUCAGCAGAAAACUGUCUACUGCAUUUGACAGCAACAGAUAGUGAUGGGUUGGUGGUGUCCACUAACUGGUACCCGCUGGCCUACCCUAGAUCGUCUAAACUGAAGCCAGCUCAAGUGAAGAUUGCAUCGGUAACCAGGGCCAACGAGCACACAGUCGACAUUGAAGUUUCCUCUGAUGCCAUUGCCCUGUUUGUUUGGCUGUCUGUAGACAACGUCAGAGGCCAUUUCUCUGACAACGGGUUCUUGUUGUUUACACCGAGCAGACGUGUUCGUUUCUACGCCUCUGAUACUGUCGAUGUUGGGUAUUUCUCUUCUCACCUUAGGGUCAGAAGUGUUGCUGAUGUUAAAACUUCGGAUGUUCCAAUUGUAGGAUAA